CAGUGGAGGAAAUUCCUGGGCCUGGCCUUUUUCUGGCUGGUAGCCAUGGCAGAAACUCUUGAGAACAGAUGCUUUUCUCUCCAGCCCAGCAGCUCUUCUGCCAAGGGGAUAAGCAGCCUGGCUUCCUGGAUAUGGUGACCCAUAAGUAUCAUCUCACUGGCCUGCUGUUGUCUUCAAAGGCUGGUUUAAUGGCUUCGCUUUUUAGUUCAUAUUAACAACUGAAUUUCUGUAAUUAUAACUGGAGUCCUGUACUUACAGCAGCAAGGUGUUCCGUGUUACCUUCCUGACUUUGGCUAUGUCUGUGGCUGUGCCUCUGCUUGGAGUGACUGUUCUACUGGAUUGUCCUAUAGACCCUCAGCCCAUAAGUUUGAAGGAGCCUCCCCUCCUGACGGGUGUUUUGGAGCCCAACACCAAGUUACGAAAAGCUGAACGGCUGUGGGAAAACCAGCUGGUUGGACCAGAGUCCAUUGUCAAUAUUGGGGAUGUUCUGUUUACUGGGACAGCUGAUGGGAAGAUUAUCAAAAUCGAAGAUGGGGAAAUACAAACAAUAGCCAGAAUUGGCCAUGGUCCUUGUGGAGGCCGUGAAGAUGAGCCAACAUGUGGAAGACCGCUUGGCAUGCGAGUGGGGCCAAAUAACACCCUGUUUGUGGCAGAUGCUUAUUAUGGACUCUACGAAGUUGAUCCUGCUACGGGUGAAACCAAGACACUGGUGUCGAGCAAAACUCUGAUAGAAGGCCAGAAGCUGUCAUUUGUAAACGAUCUUACAGUGACCAGGGAUGGGAGGAAGAUCUACUUCACCGACUCCAGCAGUAAAUGGCAAAGACAAGACUACUUGUUCCUGGUUAUGGAAGGCACGGAUGAUGGGCGCCUCCUUGAAUAUGACACAGUGACAAAAGAAGUGAAAGUCUUAAUGGUGGGGCUGAGGUUCCCCAAUGGUGUGCAGCUCUCUCCUGCAGAAGACUUUGUCCUGGUGCAGGAGACAACCAUGGCUAGAAUCAGAAGGUAUUAUGUGUCUGGGCUGAUGAAAGGUGGAGCAGAUAUGUUUGUUGAGAAUAUGCCUGGUCUUCCAGACAAUAUCAGAUUAAGCAGCUCUGGAGGAUAUUGGGUAGCUAUGGCAGCUGUGCGACCCAAUCCUGGAUUUUCUUUGUUGGACUUUUUAUCUGAAAAACCAUGGAUUAAAAGGAUGAUAUUUAAGUUGCUGAGUCAGGAAACUGUGACAAAGUUUGUACCCAAAUAUAGCCUUGUUGUUGAACUCAGUGAGACAGGAUCCUACAAAAGAAGCUUCCAUGAUCCCAAUGGAGUGACAGUAGCUUAUGUCAGCGAGGCACAUGAACACAAUGGACACCUUUACCUGGGCUCCUUCCGCUCUCCCUAUAUUGGCAGACUUGAUCUCCAGCAUGUUUAACUGCCCACCCACGAUGAAGUCCCACUGUCCUGUACUACUACAGAAGUGCAAAGGAGCCAUGUGCUUGAGACUGUGUGACCAAGGACAAAAAGUGAGAGUCUCUUAAGGUGCAGGAGCACUGUGGCCAUAGGAAGAGAUACAGCUUGCUGUACCUGUCCUCUGUCUUGGCUGACUGCUCAUGCUCUGAAGUUGGCCUGUAUUAUUGUUCAUAUCUGAGGAUUAUGGUGAGGCAUCUUCAUUCAGUUCUUUGCUCCUCCAAGGAAAUCCAUUGAUUUUCCUGUGCCCAGCCGUGUUUGGAAUCAUCUUGAACAGACACCGUCAUGUCGCCUUUAAUGCAACUCUAUGUUCUCUUACACUGGAAGAAUUUGUGAUGGAUGGAAUUUAAUAGUGUGUGAUUUGGGUGGAAGAGGGUGGCUUGCAUGUGUUUAUUUCUGUUUUAGUGCCUCCUGUCCCAGAGUGAAUACAGUGCAUGUUCUAAUGUUAUACCAUGGUGCUGUGGUAGAGGCAGCAACAUCCAGGACAUGCUGAGGAAUCUAGUUAUGCCAUUGGGGUUCUUCAGUCCCAGCCUGUGUAAAUAACAGCAGAAAUGCAAUUAACUGUUAAUUAACAUGCAGAAUCAAAUUGGAUCGUUACCUGUGGGCUCCUGUGUUUCUUUAUAACAUUGAGGUCAGAUGAUGAAUCAAGUUGCAUUUUCUAUGUUAUUAAGGAUUAGUUCCAAUGGGUCUGAAAAGGGUUGUUUGUAGAAUUUCCUCCAUGUUUUACCAGGUCCUGAAUGUCUCCUGUUCAUUAUCUAUGUGACCAUGCCAGGCAGAAGAGGGCUAGCUGCAGGAAUCAUCUUCAACAUGCUUUUUAUGAAGAAGUGGUAAAGAUUUUGGGGAAGAUUGGUGUCUGAUGAUGGAUGUGGACUCAAAUGGCCUCUGUAAAAUCUGCUGUUGGUGGAUGAGGAAGGCUUUGGUGGAAGUUUUUGAAAUGCAGUAGUAGCUCAUGGAUGCAUCUCUGCUAACAGAGAUAACUCUGUUAACAGAUACUCUGCUUGGUAAAUCCAGAGAAUGCUUUGCUGCCAGCUGUGGCAAAGGAAAGCCUGUCCUGUUGGGUUUUGUGGCUGCAAUGGCUGGCAGCACAAAGGAAUUCCAGACAAUAACUCAGUUUCACAGAGGAGCCAAGGAGGAGAGGGACUAUGGUGGACUUUGUGCUCACCAGCAAGGAGGGUGAAUGUGCAGCUCAAGGGCAGCCUUGGCAGGCAUCAUGAGGUGGUGGAGUUUUAGUUUCUUAGAGUAGGGAGGAGAGUGUAGAACAAACUUGCUGCCGUGGCCUUCAGAAAGGCAGAAUUUGGCACCUUCAGGGAUUUGCUUGGUAGAGUACCAUGGGAUAAAGCCCUGGAGGGAAGAAGGGCCCAGGAAAGAUGUUUGAUACUCAAGGAUUACCUCCUCCAGGCUCAGGAGUGAUGCAUCCCAGUAGAGAGGAAGUUGGGAAAAAAUGCCAGGAGGCCUCGUGUGGAUAAACAAGGAGCUCCUAGACUAGCUCAGACACUAAAAGGAGGCCUAUGGAGGGUGGAAGCAGGAGCUGUAGCCUGGCAGGAAUACAGAGAGUUUCCCAAGCAGCCAGGGAUCAGGUUAGAGGAGAUAAAGCCCUAAGAGAAUUAAACAUGGCCAGGGACAACAAAGACAACAAGAAAAGCUUCUGCAGGUAUGUGGGUGGUAAAAGAAACACUAGGGAAAAUGAGGACCCCCUCUGGAAGGAAAGGGGAGACCUGACUACUGGAGACAUGGCAAAGGCUGAGGUGCUCAGUGACUGUUCUGUCCCUGUCUCCACCAGGAAGUGCUCCAGCCACACUGCCCGAGCUGCAGAAGGGAAAGGCAGGCGCUGGGAGAGUGAAGAAUCAGCUGCUAUAGGAGAUCACAUUUAGAUCAUCUGAAGGUGCACAGAACUUGUUAAAAUGCAUCUAUGGGUCCUGAGGGAACUGAUGGGUGAAGGGGCUAAGUCACUAUCCAUUGUAUUUGAGGAGUUGUGGUAGUCCAGUUAAACUCCAACCAACUAGAAAACGGGAAAAAAACCCUCAUUUUUU